CUCUUGUGAGGACUCCACACAGUGUUUCGAUACAAAAUGUAACGGAAGGACAAUAUUGGCACCAUGGACUGAAAUAUAGCAUUGAAAAGGUUUGUUCUGAUGUCUCGGGACCAGUGAGUUUGUCACUAAAAAUAAAUAUUGAUGGGCUGCCUAUUUAUAAAAGCUCGAAGGACGAAUUUUGGCCAAUUUUAUUCAGCAUCUAUGAAAUGCCUCAAAUAAAUCCAAUGAUAAUUGGAAUCUAUUCAGGAAAACGCAAGCCUGCUGAUAUUAUCGAGUUUUUAUCACCGUUCGUUGAUGAAAUGGAGGAUGUUUAUAAGAACGGAAUCACGGUAAAUGGUCACAAAAUUUCUGUCUCUGUGAGAUGUAUUAUAUGUGACUCUCCCGCUAGAUCAUUUGUGAAAGGAGUUGCAAACUUUAACGCACAGAAUGGUUGUCAAAAGUGCACGGUUGAAGGAGAAUAUUCCCACAUAUCUCACUGCAACUAUUACCCUCAAAUUCGGUCAGAUUUGCGAACUGACCGUGGAUUCCGUGAUAAAGUGUAUGGAUAUCAUCAUAAGACAGAUUCACCUUUGCUGAGAUUACCUUUGAACAUGAUCGAUGACUUUCCAGUUGGCGAUUCUCUCCACUUGAUUGACUUAGGGAUCAUGAAAAGGCAUUUGAUAGGAUGGAGAGAUGGCAACAUGGGCAAUUACAGAGCCAAAUGGACUGCUAAGACGACUGCCGAUAUCUCCAAACGAUUGAAACAAAUGAAAAUGCCAGCAGAAAUACAUCGUUCUGUUCGGGGCCUGGAUUGCUUAUCACACUGGAAAGGUACUGAAUAUAGAACAUUUUUCUACUAUUUAUCAAUAGUAAUUUUGAAGCCCGUUCUGCCAUCAGACAUAUAUGAACAUUUCUUAGUACUUUAUUGUGCCGUUAUUAUUUGUUCAUCAAAAAACUAUCAACAUUUGUUGGAUUUGGCUCACGAACUUCUAUUGCACUAUUUAGACAUUUUUAAAAAAAUCUACGGCGAAGAUUACAUGACCAGCAAUGUGCAUAACUUGAACCAUUUAGUGGACGAUGUUAAAAAAUUUGGAGUUUUAUCUGAAUUUAAUGCCUACCCGUUUGAAAGCAAACUUUGUCAAAUCAAACAUAUGCUAAGAACAGGAAACAACACUCAAUCAAAACGUCGGAAAAACUACGAAAUGCAAGAUCCCAGCAUUAAAAAACCAAAUUAUUCGAGAGAACAGAAGUCAUGAUCCUGAACAGCUUGAGUAUGCCAGAGUGGAAAUGAAUAGUUAUUCGUUAAGCAAUGACAGAAUCAAUAAAUGGUUCUUGACGAAGUCUGGAAAAAUCGUUGGAAUGAAGAAGGCGCAGCAGGUGGAAAAAACUAUCAACAUUUAUGGUUCAUGUCUGAAGCAAACUGGUUAUUUUUUCAAGAAGCCUUUUCUUUCUACUCGUAUCAAUAUCUACAGUUCAGACUGUGAAGAAUGUUCACCACAAUUUUACAACAUUGAUGAUAUCAAAUGUAAAAUGGUAGCCAUCCCUAUUCACCAAUCUGAUAAAUUUGUAUUCAUCCCGCUACUGCAUACUCUUUAGUGAAAAUUAUCAUGUAACAGUAGAGUAUUAAAUAAAUCACUAUUCAAAUCUGUUAAGCAUUGAAUGUAUUCAAUUUCAAUAUCAUUCAUUAGAAUUUGUAUGUUCUUCCCCAUUCCAGGAACUUACCUACUAAGAACUAGCAAGUUCUAAUG